AUGAAAGUCCUCUGUCUCCACGGCAAGGGCACUAGUGCUGCCAUCUUCCGAUCCCAGACUUCCUCCUUUCGCGCGAAGCUGCCCGAUCAACACAUCGAGUUUGACUUUAUUGAUGCCCCAUACACAAGUGAGCCCGCCGCUGGCGUUGACCUAUUCUAUGCUCCGCCGUACUUCCAAUGGUGGGAUUCGGACUCAAUGAACGCGGUCCGCGACGCCGUAGCCUGGUUGAACGACUACAUCGCCCAGAAUGGCCCGUACGAUGCGGCCAUGAUGUUUUCCCAGGGCUGCGUCCUGGGUUCUAGCGCCCUGCUAUUGCACCAAGAGGAAACACCGCACCUGCCACCCCCGUUUAAGACGGCCGUCUUCAUCUGCGGCGGCCCGUCGCUGACCGUCCUCGAAGAAACCGGCUUCUAUGUGUCUCCCGAAGCGCGAGCCCGCGAUCUCGCCUCCAAGGCUGCUCUAGCCCAGCAAGCGGGCAACGCCGCAAUCCUGACCAAUGGCUCCAGCCGCUGGCAGGGUCUGGACUCGAUCGACGGUGGGCUGUCGGAAGACGAGCUGCGACGGGAACUCAAAUGUCCAUUCCAAAUCGACAUCCCGACCGUGCAUAUCUAUGGUUCGAAGGACCCGCGGUACGCGGCGGGCGUGCACCUAUCGGCCAUCUGUAGCCCGCAUAAUCGACGGACGUUCAACCAUGAAGGCGGGCAUGAGAUCCCGCGCACGACGGCUGUCAAUGAUACACUUGCAGAGCUUGUACAGUGGGCAUUAGAAACGAGCAGAUGGACAUAG